GGUGGGGCGUGGUGGGGCAUGCCAGGGGCAGAGAUGGAGCCCAGAGUUAGCGUGGUGGAUCCAAGAGCGCGAGUGCAGCAGAGAAGCCGGAGCUGGGACAGGCAAUGAGGCGUUGAUCCUUCUCACCUGUCGCAGACCCUCAUCCGCCCCAUCGGAGCCAACUCUGGACUCUCGCUGACUUUGGACCCUUACGGGGACAAGCACUUGAUGCCAUGGGAGGCUGUGCGGGCUCGCGGCGGCGCCUUUCGGAUUCCGAGGAGGAGGAGACCGUCCCCGAACCUCGGCGGCCUCUGCUGGACCCUCGGGGCGCUCAUUGGAAGAACGCGGUGGGCUUCUGGCUCCUGGGCCUUUGCAACAACUUCUCGUAUGUGGUGAUGCUCAGUGCUGCCCAUGACAUACUUAGCCACCAGAGGGCGCCUGGGAACCAGAGCCAUGUGGACCCAGGCCCAACGCCCACCGCCCACAAUAGCUCAUCUCGAUUUGACUGCAACCCUGUCUCCACGGCUGCGGUGCUCCUGGCAGACAUCCUCCCCACCCUCGCCAUCAAAUUGCUGGCUCCUCUUGGUCUUCAUCUGCUGCCCUACAGCCCCCGGGUUUGCAUCAGUGGGGUUUGUGCCGCUGGAAGCUUCAUCCUGGUUGCCUUUUCUGGUUCAGUGGGGACCAGCCUGUGUGGUGUGGUCUUGGCUAGCAUCUCAUCAGGUCUGGGGGAGGUCACCUUCCUCUCCCUCACCGCCUUCUACCCCAGGGCUGUGAUCUCCUGGUGGUCCUCAGGUACUGGGGGAGCAGGGCUGCUGGGGGCAUUGUCCUAUCUGGGCCUCACCCAGGCUGGCCUCUCCCCCCAGUACACCUUGCUGUCCAUGCUGGGUAUCCCCGCCCUGAUGCUGGCCAGCUAUUUCUUUUUGCUCACGUCUCCCGGGACCCAGGACCCUGGAGGGGAAGAAGAGGCAGAGACUGCAGCUCGGCAGCCCCUGAUAAGCAGUGAAGCCUCAGAGUUGAAGCCAGACUACAACCCAAACCUCUCCCUUCGGGAAAGAUGGACUGUGUUCAAGGGCCUGCUGUGGCACAUCAUCCCCUUGGUCCUGGUUUACUUUGCCGAAUAUUUCAUCAAUCAGGGACUUUUUGAGCUCCUCUACUUCCGGAACACAUCCCUGACUCAUGCUCAGCAGUACCGCUGGUACCAGAUGCUGUACCAGGCCGGCGUCUUUGCCUCCCGCUCUUCUCUCCGCUGCUGUCACAUCCGCUUCACGUGGGCCCUGGCCCUGCUGCAGAUCUCGGAACCCACCUCAGACUGAGUGAAUUAGAACCUCUGAGGACGAGGCCUUGUGGGUAACAAGAUCCCAGGUGAUCCUCAUGGGCAUCGAGUGUGUGAACCACCAUGGUGGCCUACACACUGGGGAGGCAGCCCUGUGCGCUCAGGGCUGCGAUAGCGGGAUCCCCUGGGGGACUGGGGCACAGAGGAGGGACUUCCACCCUCUCAACCUCAGCACUCCUGACAUUUGGGGCCAGACCAUUCUUUGUUGUGGGGCUGUCCUGUGCACUGUAGGAUGCUGAGCAGCACCCCUGGCCUCUACCCACUAGGUGUGUGUAGCACUUCGCCCCCCCAGUUGUGACAACCAAGAACAUCUCCAGACGUUGCCAAAUGUCCCCUAGGAGGCAAAUCACCUCCAGUAGAGAACCAUUGGUCUAACCAUAGCCUCUAUGGUAAAAUGAGGGAGAAACCCUCUAUUCAGGGAGCCCUUGGGAGAAGGAAAUGAGAUCACAGGAGUGAGAGUGACCCUGAUCCCAGCUGAGCUGUGAACGGUAGUGACUAGGAGAUGCCAAGUGAGGGAAGGUAGAUAGCAUUCCAGGCGGUAGGAGUGACACAAGCACGGGGCAGA